CGUCGUUGUCUGCUCCGCAAAAGUGCCGGGACCGGAAUGUUUGUUGGGUCGGUCAGACUGUGUGGUGGUACAUCACCUAUUCAUUCUCAAUGAAAGCGACAGUAAAGGGAAAUCUUUUGGGUGAAUUGGUUGGUACUUUGGUUGGUCUUGUGCCGAGUGACGACGGUUCGCGUCUUGCCGUUUUAUUUUAAAAAUUUCUUUUAGAAUACACUUGUACUAGGCAGUCGAGGAUUUCUCGCUGGUUGACGCGCGUUUUCGAUCAGUUGUUGUUUCCCGACUGUUUGUCAAUUAUCCCUGGAAGCCGGAGGCGCGGUCGGACUACCAGGAUGAAACAAAGUGCUAAAACUAAGCAAGAACCUAAGUGAGUGAAACAAUUUCUCCCAGGAUAUUCGGAACGGACACAUUUUUGGGCUACGGCGGGCACCAGCGCAAGGGAGCAGCGUUUGUCCUUGGACUUUUACGGACUGUUUGUACUCUUCCGUGUGCGUUGGAGGCUUGAAAUCGAUCUCCCCGCACACUUGGAUUGGAUUUAUUGUGUUUAUAGUAUACUGUGAAAGUGCUAGCUGAUAUGCUAAUUAGAAAACACGUUCGACUGCUCUGCUGUUCUAGAAACUACGUACACUAAGCCGCUCGAAUUGCCUACGUCAAUCAGUGUAAACACAAGCUGCUGCUGACUGCUCUUUGGAUAAACCGCAGGAACAGAGAGGCACGGGGAUCAAAAGCAAAGCGGCGCGGCUCGUUGGGAAAGUGCCUACUAUGAUCGUUGGGUUGCUAGCGAGCUACUAAAAAGUACGGAACGAAGCUGUUGCACCCUACCAGCAACCUCAACCCCCCAACCGUGCUCAAGGAGAAAGGUGAUAAUUUCGCACCAUAUAGCGCAACUAAACCACAGAGCGGAGCAGCCAGAGUCAGAGUCAGAGCCAGAGCAUCAGCAGUUGUUCGGCGACGGUAGCGUAAUAGCAGAGACCAGUCCGUGGAAUGCGAUUUGCGAUUUUUUGGCUCGCAUUCGUCGGGGCGCUACAAACCAACAAAUAUUAAACACGGAACCUCGACUGAAAAAAAAAACCUAACAACAACAACAACAUCAACAAAGAUCAAAAACAAACAACUGACAACACACAUGCAGAUGCGACAGGCGCGCACACGGGGGUCGUAGUGUGCGCGCUGGCAUUUUUGCGCUCACUCAGUCGGUGGGCAAUUUUUUCGGCUGUUUUGAGGAAUAAUCAUAAAUCAUGAUAUAUCAUACCGUCGACGACGGCAAGUGAAGAGUACGACGAAAUUGCGUCGGCUGUCGCGAUCCCGAAAUUUGCGGCGGAACAAACGAACAAGGGGCGCAAGAAGCGGAUCGAAAUUGGCAAGCGGCAAAACUUAAACUGACAUUGAACGUGAAACCAGGGGCCCCAAGGACAGGAAUGUAAAAAGCUGUGCGCAAUCGAAACGAACGGAGCUUUUUUAUGUUUUGUUUUAAAGUGAGGUGAGUGAGAGAGAGGAUAAGGAGGCGCUGACGGUAUGCAGGUAGGCCUUGAAGCACGGUCGCUCGCUAAAGGAUACAAGUCCAAGGACCAACACGCGAGCCCAAUAUGAGAACCCACUGUGCUCUCCGGGUAAGUUACUCGUGACUCGUGACUGCAAGUACUAGUGACCUACAGAGUAUCGUCGAGUCGGUUGUUGGUCCUGCGUGACUGUGCUAUAAUAAAAUCGUCAACUCGGAAGGAUAACGCGACGAACGAGUUCUAUUGCCUCAGUUUAUGGCGCUCCCAUAGCUGCUGCGGUCAUCGGUGCUAGAGUGUGGUGUAAGUGAGUGCCCUACACAUACAUAAACACUCCUAGCAGGUGGCGAGUGCGGUGCUUUCGUGAGUGAUCCUCUCCCACUGUGUGUUCUACCACUGACAUAUAUACUCACUUGUGUGACCGGUAUGUGAACGUUACGUUCCCUAACCAGAAUUUUACCCCGAGAGUUGGCAGCCUGGUUUUAGUGUGUGUAUCAAUGUGUGCUCUUUCUCUCUCUUUACUUCUGUGUUUUAAUGCGUGAUUUGCUAUCAACAACACUCGGUGUCGGUCGAUCUGUAUUAUAGUGUGUAUGGGUGGCGGUGGUGAUACAUAUACGAACGACAACACGACAGCAGAUCUUAUUUUGAGUUUCCAAAAAUAUUGACCUUGAACUCGUGUGCUCAGUUCGCACGUCGCAGCGAGCGUGGCAGCCUGCCUGCCUGCAAGGGGGUGGUAUGGGCGAGGAAAACAAGAGCACACACAGAGUAUGGUGAAAAUAUUCGAUUUAUCCGUGCCUACUGCGAUGUGGUGGUGAGUCGUGCAGAAGAAGAAGGAAAAUAAAACCCCACAAUACUUUGGGCCGAGCGUGUGUUUGAAUGUUGAAUUAUAUUCGCCGAACCGAAACCGAGGCCAAGUUCAGCUCCUUUUGCACGAAAUGCCUCUAAUUUAUCAAUAAUAAUAUUCUGUCGGUUUCGUAGAAGUGAGAAGAGAAAGGAAAAUGUAGAAUAGUGUGUCGCUCGGUCGGAGCUAAGUGUGACGGUGUUGUGAGGGUCGGAAAAUAAAUAUCACCAGGAAAAUGCAGUGCGUGAAUAAACUCGUGAAAGAGGAAAAGGAUUCGCUGGAAAUCAGGACUUUGGUUAUCAGUGACAAGCAGCGUAUUAUGUACUCACCACGUAGCAGUGUAGAUUCGAAGAAAACUGUCAAACUUGCGCUUGGCGUUCCGCAGUCGGUUUCGGCGACGUCAAGUUGCUCGGCGGCCGGACCCGUAAGUAGCUGUGGCUAUCAUCAGCCGCCACAGGACCGCGCCAGGAUUCAGAUCAUCGCCAAAACUUCCAACAAACCGUGUGAAAGUGUGGCGCCUGUCCAGGCGCAGGAAGUACACGUCAUCCGUGACGGCCGCUUCUAUGACCUUCACCAUAACCAUCAUCAACCGCCGCAGCAUGAACCUUCGCAUCGUCCUCUCCAGGCCGGUUCACCGAAUCCCAGCAGUCUAAUCAAAACUGGUGAAUGCAACGGGGUGGAACGCAUAGCACCACCCUCACUGUCAACGCAUCAUCCUGCAACAGCCUCCGGUACUAUCAUUAUCGAAGGCCCUCAUCACUCAGUGGUUUCGUCCAGCAGCAAGCAGCACCUACCCCCACCAUCGGCGGCCAAUCUGAUGGUGGUGCAGCAACAUCAUCAACAACAGCAUCACCACGUGACCUCUAUGCAGCCACCACCACCGCCGCCCCCAUCAGGUAUAAACAGCUGUAGUGGUGGGGGCGGUGGAGGUCCUGUCACCGUGGGUGGCGGUGGAGGUGGAUCGGGAAUGAUGCCCAAAAUGAUGAAAAGUAGCCACGAGGAGCCUUCCAGCUCGAUGCCUGAUCUAGAGUUCGACGGGACCACCGUUCUGUGUCGUGUGUGCGGUGACAAAGCUUCCGGUUUCCAUUACGGUGUGCAUUCCUGCGAAGGUUGCAAGGGCUUCUUCAGGCGCUCGAUUCAGCAGAAAAUUCAGUAUCGCCCUUGUACUAAAAACCAGCAGUGUAGCAUACUACGAAUAAACCGUAAUCGUUGUCAGUAUUGCAGACUGAAAAAAUGCAUCGCCGUUGGAAUGAGUCGCGAUGCGGUCAGGUUUGGGCGCGUGCCGAAGCGCGAAAAGGCUCGUAUUCUGGCGGCCAUGCAGCAGAGCACCCAGAACCGAGGGAACCAGCGGGCCCUGGCCACCGAGCUGGACGAUCAGCCCCGCCUGCUGGCGGCGGUCCUGCGAGCGCACAUGGAAACGUGCGAAUUCACCCGUGAAAAGGUUACUGCGAUGCGACAGCGCGCCCGCGAUUGUCCCUCCUACUCGAUGCCUACUUUGGCAUGCCCGCUGAACCCGGCCCCAGAGCUGCAGUCGGAGCAGGAGUUUAGCCAACGGUUCGCCCACGUUAUCCGCGGGGUGAUCGACUUCGCCGGCAUGAUUCCCGGCUUCCAGAUGCUAACCCAAGACGACAAGUUUACCCUGCUGAAGGCCGGCCUGUUCGAUGCGCUGUUCGUGCGGCUGAUCUGCAUGUUCGACUCGCAGAUCAACUCGAUCAUCUGCCUGAACGGUCAGGUGAUGCGUCGCGAUACGAUCCAGAAUGGCGCCAACGCACGGUUCCUGGUCGAUUCGACGUUCAACUUUGCCGAACGGAUGAACUCGAUGAACCUGACCGAUGCGGAAAUCGGUCUGUUCUGUGCCAUCGUGCUGAUCACACCGGAUCGGCCCGGUUUGCGAAAUGUGGAACUGAUCGAGCGGAUGUACUCGAAGUUGAAGGCCUGUCUGCAGUCGAUCGUAUCGCAGAACCGACCCGACAAGCCGGAGUUUAUGCAAGAGUUGCUCAGAACCAUGCCGGACCUGAGGACGCUCAGCACGUUGCACACGGAGAAGCUGGUGGUGUUUCGAACGGAGCACAAAGAAUUACUGCGGCAGCAAAUGUGGAAUGCCGAAGAAGAUCUCGCCAAGAGUCCUAGCUCGAAUGGCACGUGGAGCUGCGAUGGUAACAUUGUGGAGGACGUCGCCAAGAGUCCGAUGGGCUCGGUUUCCAGCACGGAGUCGGCGGAAACCACAUCCGACUAUUCCCAUACGGCAUCAUCGCUGAGUGCUUCGGCACCACUACUUGCGGCAACCCUUUCCGGACAGUGUCCGAUUCGUCAUCGGGCCAGCUCCGGUUCGUCUGCCGAGGAUGAUAUUAUUGGAGGAGCGGCGCAUUUGGCGCAAAACGGUUUGACGAUUACUCCGGUGAUUCGAUCCGUAGGAACGCAUCACGUGCGAUACCGAAAGCUGGACUCACCCACCGAUUCUGGAAUUGAAUCCGGAAACGAGAAGCACGACCACAAACCGGUCAGCAGCGGAUCAUCGUCCUGCUCGAGUCCACGCUCCUCGCUGGAGGAUCAAUCGGACGACAAGCGACACAUCGUGGAAAAUAUGCCAGUUUUGAAGCGAGUCCUUCAGGCUCCCCCACUGUACGACACGAACAGCUUGAUGGACGAAGCGUACAAGCCUCACAAAAAGUUCCGUGCGAUGCGCCAACGAGAAAGCGAAGCAGAAUCUGCUCCCAGCUCAUCCUCAUCGUCGUCGACAAUUACACUUGCAUCACACUCGCCUAAACCGUCAUCGUCCUCUGGUUCCAGCAGCUCAGCAGCGGUGGUCACAGUGCACAGUAGCAGCUCCAGCGGAGGUUCCCAGUCUCCGCCUCAGCAGCCACAGUCCCAGCUCCAUAUGCAUUUAACGCGGCCACUGCAUCAGUCACCACACCAAAGCCUCCACAACAAUCAUCACCACAACCAGCAGCAGCAACAUCAGCAGCAGCAGCAUCAUCAUCAUCAACAUCAUGUUCUGCAGCAACAGCAGCAGCAGCAGCAACACCACCACCAACAACAACUAUCGGCAACUCCACCGGCAAGCCAUCAGUCGUCUUCCCUGUCCAGCACACACUCCGUUCUGGCUAAAUCUCUGAUGGAGCAACCAUCGAUGACCCCAGAGCAGAUGAAACGUUCCGACAUCAUCCACAAUUACAUCAUGCGAGAGUCGCACCAACAGCAGGCCCAGCACCAUUCGGCCGAUCAUCAAGCAGGAGGACCACCCUAUCGAAGUGGUCUACUAGUGUGCAGUCCACGAUCCUCUUCGGUUUCACCAUUAACCUCCAGCAGUAGCAGCAGUAGUAGCAGUAACUCAUCCUCUGCCUCCGGCUGUCCUUUUUCCUCCUCAUCCAUCAACAAUAACAACGGCAGAUGGCAGGGUGGACCAACGAGUGUCAUCACUACGACCCGCCAGCAAACUCCCUCUCCGUCGCUCAAUUCCACCGGAAGUGCCGACACUUCCUCUUCCAGUACAAGCAGCAGCAUCCGCUACUUCCAGUCGCCACAUUCGACUUCGAUCUCGCCCCCGGUCGCUGCUUUGGUUCCGGCCAGCACCACAACCGGUUCCAUCGGGUCACCGCAGUCCACGUCCUCGUCGCCAAUGGUAACCGGACCCUCCCCCUCGCCCCGUCUGCUGGAACUUCAGGUCGACAUUGCCGGCCAUGGUGCGUCCACAAACGGUACGGUCGAUGCCCCGUUAAACCUCUCGAAAAAAUCUCCCUCCCCUGCACCAAUGCGACCGAUGGUCCCGUCCUCUUCCACGGCAACUGCCGCCUCCACCACUACCACCAACAACCAGAACAACGCCACCACCUCCGCCAACACCACCACCACCAUCCACAAGGUGCUGCUGGAAACAUAAAUCCAUUCGGGAUGCAAUUAACUAAAACUAAAAAACAACCAACCAACCAACAAAGAAAAAGAGGCAGAUCAGUUUACACACUUGCUGUACAAAGUUUAAGCUGUAAGAGUAACCUACUCUAGUACGAUAGUAUUUUAUAACGAACGCAAAAACAAGGAACAAAAAACAAAAUCAAGACAGUAAGCCAGAGAGAUCAUAUUGGGAGGAGAAUACUAUUACUGCUACUGCAACUACUACUACUAAUUGUGUAAAUUGUUCAAUCAAAUUCAAUCUACGCAAACGAGCAAAAUCAAUGGAAAUAAGCAUAAUGUUGAUAUUUUAUAAAACAAGGAAAAACAAAUAAGAGGAUCUCGUUCCCCUCCUACACACCUUACUCCCCUGCCCUCUUCCAUCCUGUAGCGAAACCUAACACAGAUGCAUCGAGGAAUAAAAGGUAAAAAAUACACACAUACGCACAAACGUGUACGCGAUCAUUGCAAAUCAGUGAAAGUGAAAAAGAUCAAACUUGUUGGCUGGCUGGCUGGCCAGCAUGAGCAAACUAAACCUAUUGUGCGCGUAUGUGUGUAUUUGUGAAUGCAAAAAUACACACCCACUAGCAAACACGAUCCUCUGUGGAGCCUACGUUCCGAUACACAACAAAAGUGGAAACAAGCAGCAAGAGACUAAAAUUUUGUUAUCAAACAAGCAAACAAAGCCGAAACAGAACCAUCGCCGUUUGUGAAUAUAUAGUGGAGGCGCGGAAUUUAGCCCUUGAGCAGAACAACACAAAUAAACACAGCAACUACGAAAUAAUAGUAAUCAUAGUAAAACCAGAAGAAAAAAAAAAACAAGCAGGAAACCAAUAUUCCAAAUUUUACCAAACCAUUUUUUUCAGUGUGUGCGUGUGUAUCUGAUAAAAAAAAACAAUGAGAUAAACUACAUCAAAGUGAGAUGAAUACGUUUUUAAGACAGUGUCACGAUAAUGGAACGCAAAAAUAAUACACACAGAGAACCGUACUUUAUAAAAUAAGUCAGAAAUAUUGAAAGUAAAAGCAAAAAGAAUCAGUGAAAUUAUCAAUUCGUUUCUAAUUUCUAAUUUCACGUGAACAAAAAAAGGAUUAUUUAAAACUACUUUUAAAUGAAGAAGAAAAAAAAGAAAGAGGAAAAAAACUCAAGCUGCAGCUUGUGCUAAAACCAAGUUGAACAUGUUGUAAAUAAUGUAAUAAGAAUUAUGAUUAUUUUUUAAAUUCAAGCAAAAAAACAAGCAGAUUUUUAUUUAUUGAAACAAAUGCUUAUCGUCUUCUCCUUAUUAUCUUCUAUAAUAUUUUGUCCUUCAUGUUGUUCGAUCCAACAGAAAAGAAAAAAAAACUGUGUAAAUAGCAAUCGAAUGUAAAAGUGCUUAGAUUAGAAAACAGCAACACACAUACAGAGCCUACACACACCUCUACACACAACAUAUACACAAACACGUGAGACCAAGUUUUAAUUUAAAACGACCAUUUUUAAUCGACACAAUAGGUUUUUUUCCUUUAUAAUUAUGAUUAUUUUUUAAUAACAAGAGAAGCAAAAAAAAAACUUUAUCAAAACUAAGACAAAAAGGAUCAAUGUUUUAAAAGGAAGCAAACUGUAAACAAGAGAGAGACUAAGUUUAAAAAACUUGCAAGCGAGCGUGAAUGAGCAAAUAGAAAAGAGAGCAAGAGAAGUAGUUCGCGAGAUAGCGCAGGAGUUGUUCCUGGCGAUUUAUAUUAUUACAACUACUACUAUUACUACUACUAGUAAGCAGAGUACGAGUAAUUGAAACAGUGAGAUAACAAGAAAAAAAAAACAGAGCGAAAGUAGACAAGAAUCACACCCCCGAAAUUAUUGCAGAUGCCGUGGAAGAAGAAAACGGAAAAUAAAGUAAAGAAAAAAAACAUAAACAGGUGGCGAAAAAAUGUGCAACAGAAAAACAACCCUACAUGUGUAAGCAGAAAGUUUAGCGUUAGAAGUAUAGCUGUGUAACUCUAAUAAGCAAAAAACCCGAAUGGAUGGCAGAGACGACUGCAGAUCGGAGUGAAUGCGGAACCGAAUGAAAGGCAGAAAUAAAGAUAACUAUUUGAAAAAAAUAUAACAAACCAGGAAACAACAACAAAAAACACACACAUACAUACACUCACUCACAAGCGCAUGUGCAAGCAGAGUAUAAAAGAAAAACAAAAAAUUAAAGCAAAAAAAAAACAACAAAAAA